UUAUGACGUCAUUUGACCACUUCGCAGACGAAAAACAUGGCGGCAUCAGGCGCUUCUGCCAGCACCAGUGAUGAUGUACCAACUUAUGAAUACAUAGAUAUAAACACCAAGCCGUUUCAUGUUGGUACCUUUGAAAAGUUUUGGAAAGAGUCUCUCAAUCCUAAGUAUUACUCUUUCCAGGAUGUAGACCAAGAAACCGAGGAUGAAGAAUUUGCCGCAGAGAUUGGAAUCCUUCCCGAAACUGUCAAUGAGCUCAAAGUUACCUGCAGCAAGGAUACAUUAAGGUGUCAUCCCGAAAAUCAGCCUCCGGAUACGGAUGUGGUACCGGCGGAUCCCGGGUUAAUCACUUUACGGAUGAAGAAACGCCGUCAGGAUUAUAAAGAGACCCUUAUUAGAGAUUCGACCUCCAGGCAAGACUUUUAUGCAACUGAGCUGGAGGGUCUUGGUAUAGGAAAGAGACCUGCAGAUCUGCAGGACAUGGUGCCAGAGGGGGAAAUCAUCCUGAAUGUCAAUGUCCUGUUCCCCAUUCUCCAUGAGAGGUUUAAGUAUUUCAGGGCGCGGCAGACGCUCCACGUCCUGGGCUCUCAUAGGCUGACGGACCUGCGCGACGCCAUCUGCUGUCUGAGUGACCUGCAGGUCAGCGGCGAGUUCAGCCAGACGCCCGACAUCGCGCCCGAGUUCAUCAGCAAGGAUCUCUUUAAGUCCGCAUUCUUCUUUCUGGAGGGAAUUUUUUACAACGACAUGCGAUACCCAGAGUGCAAAGACCUGAGCCAGACAAUUCGGGAAUGGGGAGAGUCGCACAAUUUCCCGACGUUCCAGACAGCGAAGAUGGAGGACACAAGGUUCCGGGACCUGAGGAUCAAGGUGGGAUACCCCUACCUGUACUGCCACCAGGGGGACUGCGAGCACGUGGUCAUCAUCACCGACAUCAGACUGGCCCAUCGGGAUGACUGUCUGGAUCAGAAACUGUACCCCCUCCUCACCUACAAGCACAGGAUGGUCUGCCGAAAGUGCGGAGUCUGCAACCUGUACAUCAGCAGGUGGAUCACCACCAAUGACAGCUUCGCUCCGACGGACCCGUGCCUGUUCUGCGAGAUCUGCUUCCGCAUGCUGCACUACGACACAAAGGGCAACAAACUGGGACAAUUCCUGGCCUUCCCCUACGUCGACGCCGGCGCCUUCAACUGACGCCUCCGCCCCCUCAACCGGCUCCUGCGGUGGUCACUGUGGUUACCGGGGUCACCGGGACUAAUGAAAGGGGAUGCUGACAGGCGGUUGCCAACACGGAGUGGAUUUCCGGUAACAGCGACGGUUCGUUCAAAGAUGGCGUUACGAUUCAAGAUCCUCCGCGCCAGGAAGAGGAGCCUAGCUUGUGCUUUCCCCUGCAUGUUUUUGCACUGAUACACACAUUUGGGGUCUUGAGUUGUGAAGACUUCUUUUUUUGUGGCGGUUGGAAUUUCCACAAUAACUUCAGGUGUAAGAUUCUGAACAGAAUAUUUUUUUUUAUUAAAAUGUUUUUUUAAACUUCUGUACAAGUCAUUUGAAGCAGAUAUUAAAAGAUUUGUUCCUGAGAA